GUGGUGCUUGUUUCUUGCACAAGCAAAACACGGAAGCUUGGAAAACAGGCACGUGGAAACUCAAGUUGCACCAAGGCAUUCCUUAUACUCUGUGUUUGAGGCGAAAUCUAAAGCAAGUGGGUUAACUGUUGUCCUGUAGCUCUCCUAUUCUCUUACUGUGUGACCAGAACAGCUUUCCUGGGAUACAGACAGCACUCAAACAGCUGCUGACUAAUGUGUGAACAGAAUAGCCUGGGUGAAGUGAGUAGAAUGGACACAGACAGAGCUCUGGGAUAAGAGUUCCUUUAUUUUCUCAUCCUGUUUAUUUAUUUCAGAGCUCAGACGUGGCUCAUGCAAGGGAGGAACCUGUGUAGACCUGUGCACAGCACAUGUUUUGCAGGGGACUGUGGGAAGGGCUGUGUCCUGGUGUGCAGGUGGGUGUUUGCUGCACGCUGAACCACCAGAGCUCACCAGCUUGUGCCAGGCACUGUGGGGAAUGCAGUCACCCCCCUCCUGCCAGAGCCAGCUUGCCAGGAUCCUGCUGGCCAUUAUCAGAAUUGUUCCUUUAGCAGCUGUCUGCAGUUUCCUGUUUCCACAGAAACACCAGGAGUGAAGAGGAAGCGCUUUUCUUAGUGUCCUGCUUCCAGCUGCUGCACGCAAAAGUCACACUGCAUGCAAGUCACCCUUCAUUCCUCUUACUCUCACUUCUCUCCUGCAAGUGUGUUGCUAGUGUUUGUCUCUCAGCUGCAUUAAUCCCUUGGUUUUCCUAAUUUUCACUUAAAGAAACUGUCACUUUGGUGCCUCUGCUCUCUAAGGUAUCCAGUGCGAGACAGCUCUGUUGGUUCUAACUCCUUAGUACUUAAUUUCAUCUGUAUAAAACACUGUGAGGUAGAUUAGUAGCUUCAGCAAAGAACACUUCUUGGCUCUGGAUCAAAUACCCUUGAUCACAGCUGCAGUUCUAAUCCAAACAAUAUAAAAAGACAAGAUAUCCUUGAGAAGAGUUUGGUGAUCCAGGGACACAGGGGGAGUGGCCAGGGAACAGCCUUUAUCAAAAGCUAUAUUUCAGAAUUUUGUCAGAGUGAGCCUUGAGUCUGGGAUGAGACAGUUUCCACACUACUUUUUAAAGUGAUUCUGCAUUCUGGAUGUUUUAUCUAUAUUGCAAAAGCUCAGGUGCAUAUGGAAUUUUUAAGAGUCAGAUGAAAAGAGACUGCAACUCUAUUUGGCUCAACUGUGUAACAGUAGGACAGUUUUCCAAUACUACCAAAUUAUUGCUGCCAAGGAAAAUUUACCAGAAGAUGCUCUGAGUUGCUUCUAAGUAUUAGAACCAGAAUUUUAUGAUUAAAAGCUUGAGUAGUUCUUUCUAGGAAUCUUUUAUUUUGUCAAGUCCUUUCUACUUACCACACUGCUACAUAUCCUAUGUAAUCUUUUAUCCAGUUGCUGUCUACUAUGGCAAAAGCAGGUGUGGGAAGCAGUCUGGGGCAAUGGUUGUGGUAGUUGUGUGAGCUCAGUGGCGCUGACAAGUUUCACUUAUGGUAAUCAAGCGGAUCUGGAAAAAAGAGAACUAGAUUUCUGUGGCACUGCGAAGUGCUGCCUCUCAGUCACACCCCGUCAGCGGCAGCUCAGCACUGUACACUUGUACCUUGCCUGCAGCUCUGCCUGUGCUGCAGGAGACAAACAGCCCAACCACGGGCAAAAAGAUCAGACUGGGCUGAAGGGCACCCACAGCUGUGUCUGGACAUGGUGUGCUAAGAAGUAAACAACGAAGUUUACCUAGAAGAUAAGUUUUCUUGAAUGAGGAGGGUGAGCGGGAGUGUUCCUCAUCUUCAGCCAUGUUGUUGUCUUAUGUCUGCAUGACCUGGAUUCUUCUGGUCCUGUUUACAGGCCCCACAGUAUCAGAAACAGUGAUCGGAGAGGUCGGUCAGAACGUCACCGUGCCCUGCUCCUACAGCGUCCAGAGGACACAAGACAUCACAUCCAUGUGCUGGGGUCGGGAUAGCUGCCCUAAUUCACGGUGUUCUCGGCCCAUUAUCUGGACAGAUGGAUGGAAGAUGACAGAGCAGUACAGCAGCAGGUACCUAUUGCAAGGGAAACUGCAGGAGGGCGACGUUUCCCUCACAAUUGUGAACGCCGAGGAGGCAGACAGUGGGACUUACUGCUGCCGUGUGGAGCACUGGGGGUGGUUCAACGAUCAAAAAACUAAUCUCAAGGUUGUGAUAAAGAAAGCUAAGAUCUCUACUGCAAGUCCUCACACUUACACCUCUGAACAGACAUCAGGUCCUGGAAGCACCAGUGGAUCCUCCUUUACUGUCACAGAAACGUGGCCAGCAUCUGCCUCAGAAGCUCCUGAGAAUGCCUCUGGUCCCUGCUCUGACACCUCAGACUGCUCAGAUGUUACUGCAAACCUGCAGAACACCUCUGUAUCGCUUCCCAGUCAGCAGUAUUCAGAAAAUGGUCUGUACAUUGGGAUUGGGUCAUGUGCAGUACUUCUGGUCAUCCUGAUUUUGGCUCUGUUCCUCACUAAACAAUACUUUUACAAUACGAAAAAGACGGGUGACUUUGCAAACUUCAUUGCAUUUCAGAGGCCACAAGGUGUGGGGAAUCAUAAUACCCUGGAAGAUGAGAUCCAUGCAGAGGAAAAUGUUUAUAUCAUACACUAAGGACUGUAUUCAUGCUUGCCUUUGUCAUUGUGGGGACAUUAAAUAGUUUGCAAAAUGUUAGCUGCUCCCUCUGCUCAGCAGCUGCGUGUGUCUGCAGUACUGAAGCAUUACUCACAUCAUUCUAAUAAAACAAAUAAAAGCUACACUUGCAAUUAAAA